AUGUCGACUCCGGCCGCAAACUUGGGAGACUUCCUUCGAGUAUUGAUGGCAGUGCAGGCUGUGCUCCUGACAGCCUUGACCACCGCAAACCUGCUCGCGCUGCCCACCCUGCUCGGCAGCCUCCACACCCCCAUCAGAGGGAGACAGACCAUCGACCCGGUUCAUGUACCUGACUACCUUCAUCUCCAGGGCUACCCGAAGGUGGCGGAUCUCUAUCGGCGCGAGUUGUAUGCGGGUGGGGGGUUUCACCUCUGGACGCCGCCGGCGGAUGUGCUCGGCGACAACAGCGAGUACAAUUGACGUGGGCUCCCGCAGCGACUGGCAAUCGCGGCCUGGUACCGGUUCACUGUCGAUCGACACAAGAACACCCCCUUGGCGGCGGCGGUGGCGGCGGGACGACUCAACGUGCCUGACAGGCAACGUCGGAGGGGAUGA